AUUCACUUGAAACCUGUAGAUAUUUUACAGACAAAUCAAUUCACUUGCGUCACUCUGUAACAACACUGCAAUCUGUAGCUUCAUUAUUUAGUUUUACUAAACUGGCUUGCUAGAAACAUACCACGGAGAUUUCUCAUCAACUCACCCAAAAUUUCAUGGCGACGAAUGAACAGUGACAAACGGCAUGCGACUUUUAUUUGUUGUAUCGUAUGCAGAGAAGAAUGACAUAUUUUUACAAACAGCAACAUGACAAUGUUCAAAAUAAAGAGCAAAGCAGAUCAGACAACACUAAAACAGUACUCAUCUGUCAUUUUCUUUAUUGGCACCGUUACACUGAUCACAGUAUUAUUUUUAGUACCAGAAAUAGAUAUCAGUUUUCUGCCGAUGUCGUUGCUCAAAAGUGGAAACACGGAUAAUAGUUCACUUAAUUUACAUUCCUGCAUGUGUCUCAAAAGGGAUGAUUUUAAACAGGCAAUAAAAUACAUUCAUCCUGAGUAUAAGAAUAACUAUAAUGGCAAGUUAGAAAUUACUUCUAACAACUCUGAAGAAAUAGAUCUAAAAUCUGGUUCGAAUAACUUGUUGAUUCCUAAAUCGACAAAUUACUCACAAUGUUGUAAUGGUGAAAUGUGUAGCAUAGAUUCCCUACAAACGUUAUCCAGGAAGUUUAUAGUAAAUGAAGUCAAUUGUAUAGCAAUUCUUUCCGGUAACAAAACUGACGUCAACGAAGGAAUCCGUCAAGCAAAUGCGACAAAACGUCCCCUUUUAUCUAGCAGAUUUUAUUUGAAUAUCACAGAAAAUUGUGAAGUAUUUAAGAGCUCUCGUGGUUACAUCACUUGCUCAAUGACGCAGGAAGAAGAAGAAUUCCCCAUUGCGUUUUCUAUUUUAGUAUUCAAAGACAUAGAAAUGGUUGAGAGAUUGCUCCGUGCUAUUUAUAGACCACAGAACUAUUACUGUAUUCACGUAGAUGCUAAAGCAAACAAAGAAUUUUUCCUCGCCGUAUCUGCUGUAGCGCAAUGUUUCACUAAUGUUUUCUUGACGGCUGAACGAGUGGACGUCCGGUGGGGAAAAUUCAGUGUACUGGAACCGGAACUGAUGUGCAUGAAACAGCUUUGGAGAUAUACAAAAUGGAAGUACUUUAUCAACCUCACUGGACAAGAGUUUCCUUUGAAGACAAACGCUCAGAUGGUGAAAAUUUUAACAGCUUUCAACGGUGCAAAUGAUGUAGAAGGGACAAUUAAAUGGGCUCACAAGUAUAGAUGGCCAACAAAACCACCAAGAGGUUUAAGACCAGUGAAAGGAUCAGUUCAUGUUGUCGUGAACCGAUAUUUUGUUGACUACAUCCUACACAACGGCACAGCCAAAGAUCUACUGCGAUGGGUCAAAGGAACGGGAGUUCCCGAUGAAACGUUUUUCGCCACAUUAAACCACAAUCCACAGCUGCGGAUACGCGGCACCUACAAAGGGCAUCCUGAUAGUGGUCACGUGAUCAAACCGUACCUUGCCAGGUUUAAAAACUGGGGUGGCAUCCCUUGUGCAGGGCGUUCAGUUAGAGACAUCUGUAUUCUUUCAACAGGUGAUUUACCGUUGCUUUUCAAUACAAAACAACUUUUCGCCAACAAAUUCUACCUGUGGAAAGAUUUCAUAUCUGUUGGUUGUUUGGAGGAAAAGUUGAUGAACGACACGAGGGAUGAAUUUCUGGGUGUAAAGACAUUUAACGUAUCUUAUUAUGAGAGCUUAGGUUUUCUGAAAAAUUGCGUGACAUAAUAAAAUAAAUAAAAGGCGCAAGGGUAAAAUAAAACAGUUUAAAACCAAGCACGAACCAAUUACUAGAACUUUAUAAUA